AUGGCCCGAGUUGAAGGACAGGCCGAAGCGCCAUUUGAAGGGCUCCGCGAGCUCCUUGCGCAGCAAAUCGCGUCGGGAGACGAGCUGGGCGCCUCGAUUGUGGUGAACAUCGACGGCAAGAACGUGGUUGAUCUCUGGGGCGGGCAUGCCGAUGAGGCGCGCACUCGGCCGUGGACCCAAGACACCAUCACCAACGUGUGGUCGGCGACCAAGACGGUGGCGACGCUCGCCGUGCUGGUGCUGGCCGACCGGGGCCUGGUGGACGUGGACGCGCCGGUGGCGCAGUACUGGGCGGAAUUCGGCGCCAACGGCAAACAGGGCGUGCUGGUGCGCCACCUGCUCUCGCACACGUCGGGCGUGUCGGGGUGGGAGGAGCCGAUCACGCUCGAGCAGGUCGAGGACCUGGCCGUCGCGGUGCCUCGGCUGGCGGCCCAGGCGCCGUGGUGGGAGCCCGGCACGGCGUCGGGCUACCACUCGACCAACAUGGGCCACCUGCUGGGCGAGCUGGUGCGGCGCGUCAGCGGCAAGCCCAUGAAGCAGUUCGUGGCCGACGAGCUGGCCGGCCCGCUGGGCGCCGACUUCCAGAUCGGGGCGCGCGAAGAGGACUGGCCGCGAAUCGCGCCCGUCGUGCCGCCGCCGCCCGUGCCCUUUGACAUGUCCAAGCUGGACCCGACCGGCCCGGCGGUCAAGACCUUCGUCAACCCGGGCAUGGAUGCCCGCUAUUCCUGGACCCCCGGCUGGCGGCGCGCCGACAUGGCCGGCGUCAACGGCCACGGCAACGCGAGGUCGUUGGUGCGCAUCCUGAGCGCCCUCAGCCUCGGCGGCAAAGUUGACGGCGUCUCCCUCCUGUCCCCCGCCACCAUCGACCACAUCUUCCGCAAGCAGGCUGACGGCGUCGACCUCGUCCUCGACACCCCGCUGACCUGGGGCAUCGGCUAUGCCCUCACCUCCGACGCCUCUCGCCAGUCCCUGCCCUGGCUGCCGGCCGGCCGCGUCUGUUUCUGGGGUGGCUGGGGUGGCAGUCUGAUUCUGAUGGAUCUCGAUCGCAAGCUCACCUUCUCCUAUGCCAUGAACAGAAUGUCCUAUCUCAUGACCGACGCCGGGCCCUCCCCGAUCGGGAAUGUGAACGCCGAAAUCUACCUAAGGGCCGUCUACAAGGCCUUGGGCGUCGAAGGCUACUAG